AUGAACGACCAGCAGCCCAAAUCAUUCCACAUAUUUGGCAGUGGAAUCUCAUUCAGCAUUUCACCCACCAUUCACAACGCUGGUUUCGAAUAUUAUGGCCUACCCUACACAUACGAUAUCCGCGAGUCACCUAGCAUCGACGAUGUGGCAGACUUGAUCUCCGACGAGAAACUGGGCGGCGCGAGUGUGACUAUGCCACACAAGUUGCAAGUUCACAAAUACUGUACCGAGCAGACAGACACAGCAAAAUUGAUCGGGGCAAUCAACACACUGGUCAUCAAAAAAACAAGCCAGGGUCGGACGGUCAUUGGUGAUAAUACCGAUUGGUCGGGGCUACACACCAUCAUCGCGGAUUAUUCCAAAGUGGCAACCCAGCAACCGACCGUCGGAUUGGUUAUCGGUGCCGGGGGUGCGUCCAGGGCUGCUUUAUAUGCGAUGUAUCGAUCAGGCAUUCAACACAUCUACCUUAUCAACCGCACACAAUCAGUGGCUCAAAAGGUUAAGGAGGAUUUCAGCCCUGUCUUUGAGCUUACUAUACUGUCGAACCUGAAGGAAUUGCCUCUCAUGCCGGAUGUGAUUAUCGGGACUGUGCCGGCAACUGUUACGACUGAAGAUCAGUUCUCCGGGAUAUUUGGCUCUUCGGGUCUUUGUAUCGAGAUGGCAUACAAGCCUAGGCAGACUCCGCUCCUGACAGUGGCUCGGAGACAUCCAGGAUGGCAAACUAUUACAGGAUUAGAAGUGCUACUGGCGCAGGGAUAUGAUCAGUUUAAUCUCUGGACGGGUCUUGAGCCGCCCAAGGAGAAGAUGGUUGAAGCUGUUUCUGAGCAUGAGCGAGAGAAGACGAGAAAAGAGAUGGCCGGGUUGCUGUAA